UGACGCGUGGGAGGGGGGAAAGGGGUUGUAUACAAAUUCAAUACGGUGAAUAUUUGCCCGCCAGAACGUGUCAGGCAGCGGAGUUGAGCACGCUGCUGUGUUGUAUGUAAUUACAUGGUUAGAACGCUACUUCUUCUAGAAACUUGUUGAUUGGAUUACAAGAACUUUAAGAAUUCGUUAACCUUUUAGAGAAUAAUAUUGCUGUAGCAUGACCGAGACAAGCCCACAAUCAAGCUCGCGUCAAGACAAACCGAGUACGCAGUUAGAAAUCACAAAAGAGUUGCUGGAGGGCUUCUUGUACGGAAAGAAAAGAGCCCAAUUCGUCGACGUCCAUUCUGGAGAAUCAAAGAAGAGAAGAUGGACAGGUCGUGAAGACGGAAGCAAUCGAAAAAUCCAGUCUCUAUGGUGUGAAGAAUGCUGUAAACAUAUACAGGGCGAAUGUCCUAUCCACCACACAUCGAAACCAAAACUCACAUACGCUGUGGGCUCGUUUCCGCCGGAAGUUCGUUUAUGCACUUCAAGUAUUCCAGAAUACACGUACGGCGCGUGCGCUGGAAAACAGAUGCCACGUGGUACAUGGAUAGGACCGUACGAAGGAAGGCGAGUGUACUCAAGUCAGAUCCCAAGCGACAAAGAUAAUGUUUAUAUUUGGGAGAUUUACGAGAACGGUCAGUUCUCCCACUUUCUAGACGGCAGUGAUGAAAAUAUAUCCAGUUGGAUGAGGUUCAUUCGUUGUGCUCGAUAUAAAGCAGAACAGAACAUGUCGGUUAUUCAAUAUGGUAAAAACAUCUACUACUACGCCAUACGUGAUAUCGAGGUUGGUGAUGAGAUGCUUGUAUGGUAUCAUGAAUGUUACUAUCAAUUCUGGGGUGUUCCUCUGGUGUUAGCACACGAACUGGACGCACAGAAUGGUCCUCCCAUACCACCUGCCAUUUUGCAACCAGUGCUAAAGGACGCAGCUCCUACAUCGCAACAAAACCAAGGGCCACAUUCUGCUCCUGCUGUUACGUCACCACAUUCAGCUAAGCCAUACAGGUCACCAGGUAUCCUGCAACAAUAUGCUCCCCAUAAAUCGUUCCAGUUUCCAAAACAGAUUCCACGAUCAAUUCCAUCAAAAGGAAAUUCACUGCCAACUAAAUUAUCAUAUUCCCCAGUUUCUGUACCAAUGCAAGCCCAGCCAGAUACAUCUGUAUCACCUGCACAGCAUCAUCAACCACAAAUUACCCUACCCUAUCCACCAGUAUCCCCUGUUCCACGGCCAUAUUUACCCCCAAAUGUUCCAGCGCCAUAUCCACAAUUACCGAAAAGUAGCAUCCCUCAUCCACAAUCAGCAGUGAAGAUAAGUACACAUUAUCCUGCGAUGGCACCUCAAUCCACGCCAUACACAUACCCACCACAAUCAGGAUAUCCACCAGUACCACCAGGUACUAUUCUCUAUCAACCAUCAUCAACCCAUUAUCAAGUUGUACCUUCUCCAGGAACACCACAGGAUUCGUUUCUUGCGCGACAAAGACAAAUAGCCCAUUCAAUGGGACCACCAAGUUCACACAUUGCUCGUACAUCCCCCUCAGAUAAGCCUUCUCACAGCUCAAUUGCCGUCAGCGAAACACAACGGGCACCCACAAGCCCUCAAAAACAAGUAGCCGUCCAAAUACCACAACAAUUUCCCCCAGAAUCAAGAGUACGACAGGAAUCAUCUUCUUCCCAAAGUUCACACGCCAGCCAGCAGCCCAUCAGCCACCAAAGUCCAUGCGCAGACCAGCAAACGACCAUUCAGAGUUCACGUAGACAAAGAGUUCGGGCAUACUACGAAACUGACGGCUACGCAAGCCGUGCUGCCGAGAGAUCGUCGAUGUCACCAGAGACAGACCAAUGGACGACAGGAGAAGUAAAGGAAAAUAUGCCAUUAGGUGGAACAAAAGAUUAUGACGCAGUCUUAGAUUCGCAGCAAAAAAAUACCAAAUAUCCACAAACGUUGAAGGCAACUCCGCUGCAAAAUCUGACCCCAUCUAUCCACAACAACCGACUAGAAAGCGAGCCACCAGACAAACAGCACAAUCAAGUCUCCUCAACCGUAAGGAACGUCAAAGAUCAAGACAUCUCCUGGACUUGUGGACAAUGUGGAGUGAUGUUCGCCCAACAAGUCACCUUAAGGAUGCACGUCUGUUCGAAGGCACCAGAGAACCCCUUUCACUGCGGACAUUGUUCAAACACGUUUUCAACAUCUUCAGAAUUGCGUGAGCAUGUUGUAACUCAUAGUACCGAGCGACCGUUCAAAUGCGGAUUCUGCGGUCGGUCGUUCGCAGGCGCAACAACAUUGGGAAACCAUAUGAGAACUCAUACUGGUCAGCGGCCUUACGAAUGCAAAGUUUGUGGACAAACAUUCGCAAUAGCAACCCAGCUUAGUCGCCAUCUUCGGCCGCCUAGUGCAUGCGGGCUGAGACAGAAAGAAGUCGGCGAUUAUAACCAACCUGUCGACAUUACAGUUGAGCAGUGAAAAAUUUAUAAAAUGGUCUGAAUUGGUAUUUCAGUUGUACUUACCGCAUUGCCAUUGGUGGAGCGUCAAAGUCGCGUGACUCCAUGAACAAGAACAUUGCCAGGAUUUGAGAUCGAAAAAUUCUGUUGGUAGUUCUUCCAAGGCAACAAAACAGUUCAAAACUGAAUCACGGUGAACGUUGCCGCUCAUGAGAGACCUUGGCAGUGUUUUCAUCAGCACGAAUGGAGCAAGCAACUUAAUUUACAAGUUGCUCUACAAUCAAACAUGAUUUCUUUUCACGUUACUGCCACGCGCACACCAGAAAAGUGUGACGACUCGGCUUCGCGUCAUCACUCACCUGUCAAGGUUCCUUGCAAGCAACCGUGAAAAAAAACGUUGUGAAUAAGCACACUCUCGCAAUAAAUUAUAUCAUUUUUUACAAACUCGUCGAAACUUGAAUCAUUUUAUUGUAUAUAAUAAUACUUUAUUUAAUGUUUGUUUUAUGUUUGUUUUAUGUUGGCAGGUGUAGCCGCCACAUGAAUUUAGGCCUACUUAAGAAGCCUUUUAAAGAGUGUAAUAUAUUUAAUAUUUUACAUUUGAUGUAGAUAUUUUUGCACAGCUUUUUAUAUAUAAAAAUAAACACAAUGUGAUCAUCAAAAAG